UUUCCCUGCUGGCUCCAGGAGGCAGGGCAGCCCAGAUAAAGCCAGACUUCCUCUCUGGCGUUGGCACAGUCAGUGCUCAGCAUGACCACUCAAGCACGGGCCUCUCGGUUGCUGCUGCUGCCGUUGCCGCUGCUGCUGUUCACCCUGCCCGCCACAGGCUCAGACCCCGUCCUCUGCUUCACCCGGUAUGAGGAAUCCACAGGCAAGUGCAAGGACCUCCUAGGGGGAGGUGUCAGUACCGAAGACUGCUGCCUCAAUGCUGCCUAUGCCUUCCAGGAGCCAGGCGGUGGGCUCUGUCAGGCAUGCAAGAACCCGCAAUGGUCACCGUGGUCCUUGUGGACCCCCUGUUCGGUGUCCUGCACUGAGGGCUCCCAGCUGCGGCACCGGCGCUGCGUGGGCCGGGGCGGACAGUGCUUUGAGAAGGUGGAGCCUGGGACCCUUGAAUGGCAGCUGCAGGCCUGUGAGGACCACGCGUGCUGUCCUGUGAUGGGCGGCUGGUCCGAAUGGGGACCCUGGGGUCCCUGCUCUGUCACCUGCUACAAAGGGACCCGGAGCCGCCAGCGAGCCUGUGACCACCCCACCCCCAAGUGCGGGGGCAGCUGCCCAGGAGAGUCACACAAUUUAGAGGCCUGCGACACCCAGAAGGUCUGCCCCACCCACGGGGCCUGGGCUGCCUGGGGCCCCUGGGGCCCCUGCUCAGGCUCCUGCCAUGGUGGACCCCAUGCACCUGUGGAGAGACGAAGCCGCACCUGUUCUGCACCCGAGCCCUCCAAACAGCCUCCCGGGAAGCCCUGCCCAGGGUCAGCCUAUGAGCAGCAGGGCUGCAGCAACCUGCCACCCUGUCCAGUGGCUGGGGGCUGGGGGCCAUGGAGCUCUAUCGGCAUCUGCUCCGUGACCUGCGGCCUGGGCCAGACCCUGCAACAGCGGACAUGUGAUCAACCCGUUCCCCAGCACGGAGGUUCCUUCUGUGCUGGUGACUCGACACGGACCCACAUCUGCAACAAGGGCGUGCCCUGCCCUGUGGAUGGCGAGUGGGAACCCUGGGGAGAGUGGACCCCCUGCUCCCGCCCAAGCAUGAAGUCCAUCAGCUGUGAGGAGAUCCCAGGGCAGCAGACACGCUCGAGAAUCUGCAAGGGCCGCAAGUUCAAUGGACAACGAUGUCCUGAGAAUCACCAGGAUAUCCGACACUGCUAUAACAUCCAGCGCUGCCGCUGGAACGGCUUAUGGUCGGAGUGGACUAACUGGGGGCUGUGCACACCUCCAUGUGGACCCAACCCCACCCGCAGCCGUCAGCGCCUCUGCACGGCCUCACUCCCCAAGUUCCCGCUCACCUUUUCCCCGGUCGAAGGGCAGGAAAAGAAGAACUUGACCUUCUGGGGAAAGCCAUGGCCCCAGUGCCAGGAGCUGCAGGGGCAGAAGCUGGUGGUGGAGGAGAAGCGGCCAUGUCUACACGUCCCUGCCUGCAAAGAUCCUGAGGAGGUGAAGCCCUAACACCUCUCCCUCCAACUCUGAACCCCUAACCUCCCUGACCUCAAUAAACCAGCCUCUUCAGGCUCUUCUAAUGUUC